GUGUGAUAUAAAUAGCACCAUGUAAAACCAAAAUUUCGUUCAGACGAAAAUUUGUAAAAGUUUAAGUUUCUAAACUUGUUCAUGUGAAGAUUCGAAGCACAUGGCAAGGUCUCGUGUGACGGAAGAACAUUAAUGUAGCAUAUGACACGACUCUUCCACGAUGUUGAAGGGAUUGAAGCUCAGCAGAAACCUUGAAUCAUAACAUAGAUGUUCUGAUAUAAAAACAAGUAAAAAAUAUAUAUAUAUAUACAUAAACACAUUACUGCAGGAGUGAUAAAAAUGUACCAGGGGCAAUGGCGACAGGUGGCUGUCAGGUGACCUCGAAUGACAUUGAGGCUGAUGCAGUGCCAGUCCAUCAUUCAGGAAUGGAUCCAGAUGGCCGACACACAGGGUCCUGUAUAUUUCCCGAAGACAAUGCUGUAAUGCCUAAGGGGAAGGUUGCCGAAGUGUCAAAUUCUCGGCUGUGGCAGAAAAAAACUGGUGAUGUUGGGCUUGACUUCCUGAAAUCACUGUGGGAUUUUUCAUCAUCUUCGACACCAACAUGUCUUGAACCACAAGUUUCUGUUGAUGGAGAAAAGCAAUCUUUUUCCAAAGCUAAGAGUGAAGAAGAGGAUGAAUUCUUCCAGAAUGAUCUAAUACAUGGGAACAGGGGGCCAAAGAAAGAUCAUUCUUCCUCUUUAAAAAUAAGGGGAAGUAACUCUGAUAUGCAAAGUCAAAAACCAGAUAGGCCAAAUAUUGUGAAUAAUCUAGAAGGGCCCCACAAUCCCCUUCCAGACAAAUCCAAAAGUAGUGCACCAACGAAACCUCCCAGGACAGGAAUCAGAAAUAGUUACGAGCAUGUCAAAGCAGAGGUGUCACUCAAUGAAAUUGGGAUUUCUGAUAAAGAAUUUGACAAUUUGUCAGAAGAAAACUAUAGUAAAGAUGAUAUGCUGCAUCCAAUGUAUAUUUUGGGUGAUUCCGAUGGGACAAAUAUUUUAAUUUUUGAUGAUGAUGAACGAGAAAAUAAUUCCAGUCCACACUACGAUGACACAAACUUUGAUGUCAAACAAAGAGGUGGGUACGCUAAGGAACAUCCACAUUUUGAAGGUCAUCACAAUGAAGAUCAUACCUAUAGAGGUAGUAAUUUUGAAGGUCGUACUGGUAAUAACAAAGGACAAAACUACAGAGAGGGGAACAAACCUUUGGAAGAAAGCGACUUUGCAGACUAUCAAAGACAGGAUGCAGGCAAUUACAGAAGUUUUGAAGCUGAAGCAAACUUGCCAAAAGAAAUGCUUCCUCCGGGACCAGACAAUAGGAUGCAAAUUUCAGAUAGGGGAGGAAACCCUGAAGCGAACCCUUUUAUGAACACUUUCUCUGAGGAAAUAGCAUACGGAAAUUCUGGUGGAAUAGGGAGUUAUUCAUCUGAGUUACCUAACAGAAGACCGCACAGCUCACAUGAGCAUUCAGAGACUUGUCACGAUGGAAACCCUAUGCCUGCAAAAGGAACAACCAGAAAUAUGCAGCAAAGCCGCCAAGCUCUCCUGAUUAGAAAAGGACCAACUACUGGGAGUUAUCCUCCCAAGGCCGUCAUUUAUUCACAUUGUCGGGGUUGUGGAAACUGUCAGAUUUGUCGAGAAACAAAAAUGAUCGACCACAUGGAGAAGCUGGCCGACAGUGCUGGAUUUGAUAUUCACGAUGUCCUUCCUGACGGAAACUGCAUGUUCCGAGCAAUCGUCGACCAACUCCGGAUGCGUGGAGAUCUAAGUAUGACAGCCGGAAAACUGCGACAAAAUGUUGUUCGUUACUUGAGGGAGAAUCCCUGUAGUGAAGAUGGGACACACAUGCAAAUGUUUUUACCAACGGAGAAAUGGGAGGAUUACCUCUCUCGUAUGGAAAAAGAUGGCGAGUGGGGAGACGAAAUGGCUCUAAGGGGAAUUUCUGAGGUAGUACAGCGUCACAUCAAUAUCAUCAGUGCCUUAGGCAGUGACCAACACAAUCAAAUCACCAUACAACCUAGUGGGGUUGAAGCCGACCAAUCACAGGACUUGUUUUUAGGGCACAUGGACGACUACCAUUACAUAAGUCUGCGACCAAAGAACUGGGAAGAUACCUGGUUUGUUAGAGCCCGACGGAAUCUUCAGCAGACCAAACCGAAGACUGACCUGUACGCGGACGACUCUAUACGCGUGUCAGGAAUGGACGCCCCUGUCAUGGGACAUGAUUGUGUGGAUGACUAUUUUGCUGACGAUACCGCUGUGGACAAGGUCAGUGCUACACCCAUUGGUCAUCUGUCUUAUGUCCUGAAGAGCGUCCUUAACAGCAAAAACUUGGUGGUCAAGGACCCCCAGAUGUGGGAGGAUAAGAUGGCAAGCUUAAAUGAUCACCCUCGCUCCAGUACUGUCGCCAUAGCUGUUGGAAGUAUUGUAGAGAAAUUUGCAGUUUCUGUACAGGAUACAUCGCCGGUGCAAAUUGGAUACUCGUUACGGAAAGAUAAGAGUUCCGCUUCCUAUGUAAAAGAUGUCAGUCCGCAGGUUCUGAUACUAUACCCAUACUAUCAUGUCAUGGAACAUGAUUCAGAUGAAAGACAUUCACAUAAAGACAUGGUUAUGGACACGAAUGGAAUCCAUUCUGGAUAUCUCCGCCUUCGGGACACUAUCAAACAAUCUAGUUUAAACAGUCAAGGACAGGUACUUGUAAAUUAUCUGCCUAAUUCCUCUUUGGCAACAUCCAGUGUCCGAAGGGAUCUGGGGAGUGUCCAAAUUCCUAAAUUUGUAGAGGAUAAUAUAUCUCUGCAAUAUGCAUUAGAAUGUCAUUUCUGGCCUGAAUGUGCCUCUGAGUGGAAAACACGUGAGCGACCCAGCGGCUGGCCUAAGCCGGAAUACCAAAAGAGUAUUAUCGAGGAUGGUUUUUUCGUCAUUGCUGCCUCUCAUCCACAUAGUCUUAAUCCGGAUUUGGAAUAUCAGAUCUGCUUCGGAAAAGCUGAGAAGUUAUUGGCAAGGAAAAACAUGACAAAAUGGCAGCGUUAUUGUUUCCAUAUUUUCAAAGUUUUGGUAGAUUUUUACACAAGACAAACAGACUUGCUGCAGACUCAUCAUCUCAAGGCAAUCUUUUUCUACGCAAGCGAGGUCGUUCCUCGAAUUCAGUGGCGACUCAACCCGGGUGCCGCCCUUUUGUAUCUGAUGGACCAGCUUCUGCAGUGUCUGCGAACCAAGGUAUUACCACAUUAUUUCCUCCGUGACAGUAACAUGAUUGACCAUUUCAGUGAGGACACCCUGCAGAGAACGAUUACCCAUCUGGAGGUGGUGCGUCAGUUUCCAGUCACUGCCGUUGUCUUGCUUGCCGAGAGCCAUGGACUGACCAGCAGUUGGAUGUCAGAUCCCAUUAUUGAAGACAUCCCUGCCUUCACCAAGCACAGAGACCUGCAAAAAUCCUUUGCAGAAGUGUUCAUACCGACAACUCUGAAAAAUGCCAUCAAUUAUGUCAAGUACAUGAUGUUUAAGCCGGCGGCUGACAUUAUAAUGGAAGCCUAUGAGGACAUGAAGAGCGCCAGUGAAGCAACUCCGGACUCCAGAAACGAAUGGGGAGUGGGAGACAUCUUUGAGUUCAUACAUCAGAUUCUCUCUGAACUGCAUUUCUUCCAACAGUUCUGGCUAUGUCUCAUUCUAGAUUUGACGCACGGUACUUCUACAGUGGGAGCACUGACACAGAGAUUGCCAGGAAAAACCAUCCGAGAGAUUCUUGGCAACGACGAAGAUGGUGAACUAGAUACGAUUUCAGUCCCGUUCUCCGUAAUGGACAACUGCUUUACUUCGAAGGCAGUAUCUGAGGAUGAAUCAGAUCCAGAAGUUCUUUUUAUACGCAGUCUUGCCAGUCAUCUUGAAAGUAUCCAGUUCUAUGAUCUUUCUGCUCAUUACUUACGAGCAGCUGUAAGUCUGAUGAAGCGCCAGAUCGCUGAAAUCACAAAAAGUCAUCAGUUGUCAACACAAAGGGGAGAACUGAGUGACAUUAGUCAGCAGAGACCUAAAUUAAACAGUGCUGAAUUCUCACGACAACAGGUGCUAAAAAUGCAUCUGAAUAACUUUCUGGUGCAGCUGUUCAAUAACUACCACUACAACGGCCAGACAGAACUGUUUCAGGAAUAUAUUGGAGAUCUACAGGAAGUUUGUGAUUCAAUCUCCACACCAUAUGCCUACAAGAACCUCUCCCGGAUCUGGGGCUACCUCGGCUGCGACGACAUGGCACAGCAAGCGUCCGACAGGAUGGAAGAGCUGUAUCAGCUUUUUGGCAUGUGAAUUUGUGAAUUAGUGACCCAAUCUUUUGACUUUUCAGAUGUUCUCUUUUUCAUCUGAGAAAAAGAAAAUGUACUGUAUUAUAUCUUGCAAUAGGGGGCCAACACAAUGUCAUAUUGUUAGGGGCCAACACAAUGUCAUAUUGUUAGAGGGCCAAUACAAUGUCAUAUUGU